AUGAACAACAACGGCAGUACAACCAGCACCCACAGUAUGAACAACAACAGCAGUACAACCAACACCCACAGUAUGGACAACAACGGCGAAAAUUGCAACCAACACCCACGGUAUGAACCCAACAAUGAUAGUACAACCAACGCACCCACACACCCACGGUAUGGACAACAACAGCAGUACAGGCCAACACCCGCGAGGUAUGAACAACAACAGUGGUACCUUCAACACCACAGUAUGGACAACAACAACGAUGCAACCAACACCCCACAGUAUGAACAACAACAGCGGUACAGCCAACACCACAGUAUGGACAACAACAGCGGUACAGCCAACACCCACAGUAUGGACAACAACAGCGGUACAACCAAUACACAGUAUGGACAACAACGUAUGAACAACAACCAGUGGUACAAUAACACCAGUAUGGACAACAACAGCAGUACAACCAACGCCCACAGUAUGAACAACAACAGCAGUGCAAACCAACACCCACAGUAUGGACAAGCAACAGCGGUACAACCAACACCCACGAGUGUAUGGACAACAACGGCAGUACAACCAAUACCCUGGUAUGGACAACAGUGGUACAACCAGCACCACGGUAUGGACAACAACAGCAGGUACAACCAACGCACCCACAGUGGCGGACAACAACAGCGGUACAAUAGCACCCACAGUAUAUCGGACAACAACAGCAAUUACCAGCCAGCACCACGGUAUGGACAGCAAACAGCCGGUACAACCAGCACCCACGGUAUGGACAACAACGGCAGUACGACCAACACCCACAGUAUGGACAACAACAACAAUUGCAACCAACACCCACGGUAUGAACAACAACAGCGGAAACACCCACAGUAUGGACAGCAACGGCGGGUACAGCCAACGCACAGUACGGACAACAACAGUGGUACAGCCAACACCCACAGUGGCAGACAACAGCAGCAGUACCAGCCAGCACACAAUUGCUGGAACAACAACAGCAGUGCAGCCAGCACACAGUAUGGACAACAACAGCCAGUGCAGCCAACACACAGUAUCGGCAGCAGCAACCGUUACCCAGCCAGCACCCACAGUAUGAACAACAACAGCGGGUAA